AUGAGUUUUACACAUUUCUCAAUAACUGGUGUCCUCUUUGCCUUGGCUGUUUUGUACCUUCUUCAUAUACUAAAAUUAUGGAUUCAAAACAUUGGAAAAAAUCUCCCUCCUGGACCCAGAGCUUUGCCCUUAAUAGGAAAUCUGCACAUGAUAAACCUAAUGAGGCCAUCCCAGGCACUUAUGGAGCUUUCAAAGCAAUAUGGUCCAAUUUUUAGAAUUCAGAUGGGAAGUGUGAAAAUGGUGGUUCUCUCAGGAUAUGAAACAGUGAAGAGCGCUCUCGUGGACAAUGCAGAUGACUUUGCUGAAAGGCCUUUUGUCCGAAUAUUUGAAGACAUUAACCACGGAUGGGGCAUUACUUUUUCUCAUGGUGACAAUUGGAAAGAAAUGAGACGGUUUACCCUUUCCACCUUACGGGAUUUCGGCAUGGGAAGGAGUACGAUAGAAGAUAAAAUAGUUGAGGAAGUUGGUUUUCUGAUUAAAGAACUUGAAUCCGAAAAAGGAAGGCCAACUGACCUAGCUAUGAUAAUUAACUUGGCAAUUGGAAACAUAAUAACUUCAAUUGUGAUGGGGCACCGUUUUGACUACCAGAAUUCCACAUUACUUAGACUUAUGCAUCUUGUAAAUGAAAAUAUGAGGCUGAUUGGGUGUCCUUCCGUACAGAGAUAUAAUGUGUUCCCACUGUUACGAUAUUUUCCUGGCGACCAUCUAAAAGUCAAAAAAAAUAUUUCAGAGCUUCACUCCUUUCUUCAGAAAACCUUCCUACAGCAUCUUAAGGACCUGGAUAGAGAUGACCAAAGAAGCUUUAUUGAUGCUUUCCUUGUCAGGCAGCAAGAGGAAGCAGAUAACCCAGAAUCAUAUUUUGAUAACCAUAACCUAACAACUCUUGUGAGAAACCUGUUUGGUGCAGGAAUGGAAACAACUGCUACCACUAUUCGUUGGGGUCUUCUGAUGAUGAUUAAAUAUCCAAAAAUCCAAGAAAAGGUCCAAGAAGAGAUUUCACAAACAAUAGGGUUAACACAACCCAAUUACAGCCAUCGUGGACAAAUGCCCUAUACCAAUGCAGUGAUACAUGAAAUCCAGAGAUUUGGUGAUAUUAUUCCAAUGAUUGCGGCACAUGAAACCACAAAAGAUGUCAACUUCAGAGGAUAUUUUCUUCCUAAAGGAACGUCGGUGAUCCCAAUAAUCACAUCUGUCCUGAAUGACAAGACACAGUAUCCCUAUCCAGAUGAAUUUAACCCAAAUAAUUUUCUUGAUUCAGAAGGAAAUUUUGUGAAAACCGAUGCUUUCAUGCCAUUUGGAGCAGGUCGCAGAGUUUGUGUUGGAGAGACCCUUGCAAAGAUGGAGCUGUUUAUCUUUUUUACAAGCUUACUGCAGAAGUUCACAUUUCAUCUACCUCCUGGUACUUCUGAUGUCAACCUCAAUUCACUGGGUGGAUUUACGAAUGCACCACCACCACAAAUGAUCUGCGCUGUACCACGUUACUGAAACAAAAAAUUGAAACUCGUGACAAAUUUUCAUAUAACAAAUUAAAAGAUGUGCUAUAAUUCCAUAAAUAUAAUUCAGAAAUAAUAUGCAAAUUUUCCUUAAAAUUCUGUUACCUGUUCCACUAUCUAUUUACAUACGUGUAACCAGUUUAUCCCUUUGCUUGUCACUUUUUUCCAAAUUUAUACAUGUUAUUUGUGGCGAACCAUGACUUAUUUACCCCAUUAAUCCUCCUUAAAGAGCUGUAACAUUA